GCAGAGGAGAACAACCUCCCCCCUCCCCCCCUCCACACGCGCACACGGUCACCGACCCCCGGACGAGCACGAUCGCGUUCCCCGCGGCCGUCGGAGCUCCUCUACCGGCUUGGCUCGCCGUCCCUCCGGGUUUCCGCUGCAGAAGCUCGGACGACAACGUGAAGCGCGAAACGGCAACGGCGGCGCGCGUGAUGCAGAAGUCGGCGUCGACCUUGAUGCGGCGUCCCCGCCGGGCCGAUUCCGCCGCCCGCGCGUAGAACCGAGGCGGCGAUGGGGUCGGUCGAGGACCUGAACCUCUCCUUCCUGCUGGAGCACGAGCGGGACAGCAUCCUGAAGGUGCUGCAGAAGGACGAGAAGCUGAGGAAGCGAGAGGAGAAGAGGAUACGGAAGUUGAAGAACGAGCUGCUGGAGAUCAAACGCAAAGGCUCCCGGCCGCCGCGGGAGCCGGCGGAGCGUCGGUGCGCCCGCUGCGUCAAGACGCUGGGCCUGAUUUUCGACCGCGGCGAGCAAUGCGACGAGUGCCAGCUGCGCGUGUGCGGCGAGUGCCGCGUCGCCACCCCCAAGCGCCGCCGCUGGAGGUGCAACGUCUGCGCCAAGAUCUCAGAGUUGAAGGUGGCGACAGGCGAGUGGUUCCUUGAGGAGCGAUCGAAGCGCUUUGAGCGCAAACUCCUGAGCAGCGACGUGGUUAAGCAAACAAUCCUGAGCACCCCGACAGCCCCGCAGGACGGAAAGUCCCCGGAGAACUCGACGCUCCGGCCCGAGGCGGGGACGCCCGACACGCCCAAAUCCAGCAGGAGUUCCAAAAAUGUUGUCGACGGACUGAGAAAGAGAGGGAGGAUGAGGACGGCGGACAAAGUGGGCAGCCGACACUUGAGGUCGCAAAACGGCCUCACCGGCCUCAACGUCAAAAUCGCUUCGGACGGCGACGCUCAGAGCGUGCGGAGCGUUCGCUCCGCGCCGGAUUAUCAUUCAAACAGAAAAGCCACCUCGGCGCCGGACCCCUGCGGGACGCCGGCCGCGCUCAACAACCGGCGUUCCAAAACUCCCGACCGACACUCCACCGCCGGCAGCGACCGGAGGGUCAGGCCGGACGGGGCCGAGAGCGUUUCCAGCUUCCACUCCGGCGGCAGCGCGCCUGAGAAGAAAGCCUCAGGGACUCACGCCAGAGGCUACGGCGCGCCGAGCAUUUCCGUGUCCCAGGCUUCGGUGUCAUCAGAUCACAGCCGCUCCGAGAUGGACCUCUCAGCUGCAGGUUCGGAACACAGCGACGACGCCUUCAGCCUCAGAAGCCGCUCUGUGCCUGGCCUCAAUGAGACGGAGUUCUCCGACCGGGACGCCGAGGAGGACGUCGACGCCCUGACGUCUGCCCGCAGCCGGUCGGCCGGACGCCGCCUCGGCGACGCCGUGUCCACGUCUUCCACUCCCGCCUCGGAAAGGAGGUGGGCCUUCCUCAAUGUCCCCGACUCUGACGCCGAGACUAGUAGCAUCAGCAGUAUGAUGAGCAUGUACAGCGAGACGGGCGACUACGGCAACGCCCGCAUCAGCGGCGAGAUCCUGUUGAACAUCAGCUACAGCUACAAGACGGGCGCCCUCAACGUGCUGGUCAAGGAGUGCCACAAUCUGGCCACGGGGGACGAGAGGAGGCAACGCACCGACGCAUACGUGAAAACGUACCUGCUGCCGGACACGUCGCGCCAGAGCAAGAGGAAGACCAGCAUCAAGGCCAACAGCAUCAAUCCCGUUUUUAACCAGAACCUGAGGUACGUGAUCAGCCACUCGCAGCUGGAAACGCGAACCCUGCAAGUGUCAGUGUGGCACCACGACCGCUUCGGGCACAACAGCUUCCUCGGGGAAACGGAGCUGACUUUCGACUCCUGGGAGUUCGAUUCCCAAAUCGACGAGUGGUUCGCUCUGCAGCCCAAGCUGGAGAGCGGCAUCGACGCCGCCAUGCAGUACAAAGGAGAACUGACCGUGGUGUUGAAGUACAUCCCUGCAGAGAAGAACCUCAUGCUGCCUCUGGACCAAGUACAAGUCAAGAAAGGCUUCCUGAAAGGCAAGAAGAAGAGCACCUUCACGCCACCCAAAGGGGGCAUGGUCGAGCUUCUCGUCAAGGGGGCCAAAAAUCUAACGGCCGUCAAGUCUGGAGGAACGUCGGAUCCUUUCGUCAAAGGUUACCUGCUGCCGGACAGCCACAAGUCCACGAAGCACAAGACGGCGGUGGAGCGCCGCACCGUCAACCCGCAGUGGAACCACACGUUCACCUACUGCGGUCUGCAGCCGGGAGACCUCAACAACGUGUGUCUGGAGCUCACCGUGUGGGACAAGGAGGCCCUGGCCAGCAACGUCUUCCUGGGCGGAGUCAGGCUGGGGGCUGGAACAGGCACAAGUUACGGGAACGAGGUGGACUGGAUGGACUCGUGCGGGGAGGAGCAGCGACUGUGGCGGCGCAUGAUUGAAAAUCCAGAAAUCCCCCAGGAGUGCACGCUCGUGCUGAGGUCCAGCAUGCGAAAGUGCGCCACAGGCACCGCAUGAGCCCGAACGGAUUACAAACGCGAGACGGGUUUCCAACAGGCAGUACAGUACAGCACAGCCCGGAACAGCAAAACGCCAUCUGCCUUUCCUCGGGACCCCGGUCGUACUACUCGGUUUGGUCUCGGAACCAAAUACAUUUUCGCGAGUCUCUCGCACCGAGAUGCCGCCAAAUUGUUUUGGUGAAAUUGAACCCACGGGAGGGGUUAUUGCCGCAUCUGUGUGCGCUUCGCCACAUGGUCGCUGCAAAAACCGAGCUUCAUUUAAACAAAAUCUUCUGCCGAGAGGAGAGCAAAACUGAACCCGGGGAGAUUUCUGAAAACAAUUACGUAGCUCGCCUCAAAACCCUUAAAACGAGCGCAUUUGUACCAAAGUACCCCGACGGGACCAUUAGGGGUCUUUAUUUUUCAUAUUUUGCCUUCAUUUCAGCGAUUCAUUGUUGUUUAGCGGUUUUCCUUUCACGCACAGAUCUUGAGAAAUCGCUCUGCUGGCUGUCCCUGUUCUGGGACUGUCUCAGAAUGCAGAACUCUACCGAACAGCAACCCGAGAAAAAAAUAAAACCCAGGCAGCGCGGAAAGGUUAAAUAAAUCAGCCAAAACGUUCCGGCGUACUCGCUUUACGCUUCAACGGACACGAUUUCAAAUGAUCAAAUUGGACUUUUCGCUUCUCGGACUAUUUAUUCCCAAACAGUAAAAAAAAGAUUAAUGAUUCGAUUCUGAUUUGCGAGUCAUCAGUUACCGUCAAGACAAACGGCCAAAGGGUGAUUUAGAGGGCGGGUCCGAGCCCUGCCACACUUUAUAGGGAAACGUAACCCGUAAAUUAAGACGUUAAAAAUAAAAACAUAAAAAAAACGCUACCUGACUGUACUGCUUGGUGGAAACUGGCCAAAAGAAGAAGUGACGGCAAAAGAAGAAUCAGAACCGACGUCGCGAGAAAGUCGAGCAUCUCUCUCUAGUUCCGCCUUUCUUCCCUUGUCUGGAACAACCAAUCAUGCCUUAGACUAAGAUCCAAAUGCGACCCCCCACCACCACACACCACCUCCUGGCCCUGCAAAAACUUCUCCAUUCACUUCAAAACGGUAAGCACAUGCUAAUUUCAAGCACAGCUACAAACGAUUCACGAGCUCCCCGAUCAUUUUUUUUAGCAUGUAGCUAACGAUGGCUGACAUUUUUUUUUUUUUUUUAAAAUACAAGACAUAAAUCAAAGCAGUGGCAAAAGGUCUGCUUUGAAAGCACGUACUCGCAAGUACGACGAGUGAAAGUAUCUGUUUUAUCGUAGCUUCGAAAUGACUUUUCACCAUUGAGCUCGGUAACGGCCUUCUCUAUUACUAGUACGCUAGCUGUCCAUUUCCAAAGAGCUCUUUAACACAAUAGAAUAGCACCGAUGGCAAAUGCAUAUAAAAAUUUGCAAAAGUGUUUGCGAAAUGUGAAUUUGGGGAACUGCAAGAGGUUACGGCACAGUCUAAAAGUGGGUGUCCAGGACCAAAGGACUCUGUGACAAGUGAAGGACUGGCAGACCAACUUCGGUGCUUAAUGGACCUUUCCGAUGGAGAUCUUAAGCUCCGCCCCCUUAGCCAUGUCCCUCAAGCGUCCAAAAUGGCGAUUUAACAUCACAUGUUUGAAGUCGAUUCUCUGUCGCGUAAUCCAGAUAAUAUCGGGGUAUGUUUUUUGCCAAAUGCGCCAGACUUGUCCAAGAGAGUUCUGCAGAGAUCGUCUCAACUAUUUCACGCAAGGGUACGUACACGGGAUUAAGAUUUCGGACGGAGCGGGGCGCAAUGUCAGAGCUACAGCGAAAUGUUGGUGAUCGAUGCAAAAAAGUUUGACGCCUCACAAACUUUGUAUUGAAAUCCAACAGGAUAAAAUUGUGGAAUCGUACUGCGAAUGUAAAGCAGGGUGAGUACUUUUUACUUGGAAAGGUCACGACUAUUAUCAUUGCAGUCUUUAGAAGUGAGUGGGUGUAUUCAUUUGACUUGGCUUGUGAUGGAACCCAGUGCUCUGUCUUAAAAGUCAGAUGUGAUACAAAUAGGCAAAUAGACAUUUCUCUUGCAUGACGUGGUGCAUUUACGUUUCCCUAACCCGACUCUUCGGCAUAAAACAUUCGGCAGGUCAGUGAUACGCUAACAAAGUGAAAGUUCUUCUCCUGCAAUGUAUAAAGUGCUGGUAAUAAUUCAAUCAAACUCAGAGAAGAUACUUCUCCAUCGCUUACCUUUGAACAUACAGCCUUGUGUUUGUCGAUAUUGUCCACAUUUAGUUGUACAUGUGCUCUUCCGCGAGCCUUAAUCCACCGUAGACACUUCGUCAGCUGUGUUUUAGGUUCUGGAAAAUGAAUCAACCUAGCCGGAUAUCUUUCAACAUAACUGAACGUUCACCUAGCGCAUCUGAGGACCAUUUUCUUCAUAACAUGAACUUUUCCAAGCGCACGCUACUGGCAACCAGCAUUGCUUGUGGGACAAAAUGGCGACAGGGGCGUGUCAAGACAAUGCGGCUAUCUGAUUGGCUAUUAUUGUACAAGUGAUUAACAGGUUGGAAAGGUCCAUUGUGGGAAGAGUAACCAUGUGUCCAUCCAUUAUACCCCCCCACCCCACCCCACCCCUGAAUUAAACUCGUACAUCAAGGUACACCCGCUACACGUUUGCUACCAAAGUUAUAGACGAAUCGGACCAUCGGUGGACGUGUCGUCGUCGUCGUGAGCAUCUUAGCAUGCUAAUCUUAGCAUUUAGCUCAAAGUUACCACCGUGCCUAUAAAGCACAAUUUCACUGCGCAGUCUCGCUAGCAUGAUUUUGUCCUGCCUCGACCUUUAGAUUUGAUAGAUCGUAACUCAUUGAUGAAUAUUUCUUUGGUGACAGUCCGUGCCUGGGUGGGAAAAAAUAAAUAAAAUGAAAUCUGGCAAGAGGAAAUACCUGACUUGAUCCAGCCUUGAUGUAAACGUAGCUAGCACUGUAUCAGUGUGAACAAUUAGCUGCUUGCUCGAUGAGGGAAACACGAACAAAAGGGAAGUUGAGCACUGAUAAACGGCAGCGUUGGAGGACUCUGACGAUGAUGAUGAUGAUGAUGAUGAUACAUACCAUAUAUACCAUUCCUGCACUACUAUUAUUAAUAAAUGUCCGACACGAUUUUAGAUGACAAGCUCCCGCAAUACCCGACUGCUGACUUUUAAUGUACAGCAUGUGUUAUCUUGUGUGUCUAAACCGGUUUCAUCCCAUCGCAAAAAUAUUUUGAAAGUAAACAAUAAAAACCUUUACACAG